AUGUCUGGACAAAUGGGAUUCUUCCACAAAUACUGCCCAACUGAUGUUCCAGUUGGAAAGGAAAGAUACUUGAAAGAAACUCAACGAUUGUGGGGAGUUUUGGAAAAGCAUUUGGCUGAAGGAGACAAGAAGUAUAUUAUUGGAGAUGAAUACACCAUUGCUGAUAUGGCUAUUUUCCCAUGGUUGAGAGUGUUGCCAUUCUAUGGUGAACCAGUUGUUGAACAAUUCAAAUGGGAAACCUAUCCACACAUUAAGGCCUACAUUGAUAGAGUUGGUGAAAGACCUGCAGUUCAAAAAGGAUUGACCGUUACUCCAUUCAAUUAA